AUGUCCAAUGCCACCCAGUCGUACAUGGCUCGCCCAUCACGAGCGAGCAAAGCUGCCGCUGACGCGCGCCGCCCACCCCCGGGCCCUGUCGGCGACGCUGCUCGCGCCCGAGCUGCCGCUCAGCAGGCUGGCGUCGUCGUCGGCGCCGUACGCAUAGGCGUUGCCGGCGCCGCCGCGGCCGGCGUAGCCGACCGGAUGGCGGUCGCGGGCGGCCGCGCGGCGGACAUCGAGCUGCAGCGCGGGGCGACGGCGGGCUUGCUGGCGGUGGUGGGAGGGGACGACGAGGGGGAGAAGCGGUGGGCGUUGCCAGCGCCGCCGCGGCCGGUGAGGACGUAUGAGGGCAUCGUGAGAUGUGUUUUGUCUCUUGUAGAGUUUGUAGAAGAAGCAAAAAGGCACGGAAGCAGGCCAGCAAAGAGGAAAUCGUCGUCGUUUAAGAAGCGUACUUGGUCAGGCCGUGGGGUCGUGGGCGGCCCCUUAUACAAGGGCAUCCAAGACGCAUCAAACGGCGGCGGAGUGUGA